AGAGAAUGAGGCAAGAUGGGAAAAAAGACCGAGGCAGAGCAUGAAAGAGUAAAAUGGGAGGGAGAGGCACUGAGGGGAGAAAAUGAGGGGGUGUUGAGGAGAGGGAGGGGAGAGUCUGAGAGAAACAACUUAAAGACGGUGAGAGCAGAAGACUGUAGUGAGUACACGGUGAGAGCAGACAGAGUGGGAACAAGAAAGAAGAAAGACUUGAAAUAUAUACACCACCAUCAAACAGAGAUGACGUCACUGUGCAGGAACCUGGCUGUGCUUCUCCUUUUUCUGAGUGCUUCACCUCUCCACCACUCCCACCUCUCCACCCAUGCUGCCUCUACAUUCCGUCCCACCACUCGUCCUCUGAUCAUUGCCUUGGGCUCAGAUGAUGACUAUGACGAUGACUACCUUGACAACUACAGCUCUCCUCCUGAAGUUGUGCACGCCGUGAAGACUACCUUGCUCCAAUGGGAGGCGCAGCCCUGCCAAUACAACCCCUGCUUGGAGAAUCAGGAGCCCUGCGAACAGAUUUCAGCAAAGACUGGGUGUCUCUGUCCUGGGGUCAGCGGGGUCAGUGAGCCUCCUCAUGCACCAAUCAUCCAAGUGCUGCGGCCAAUCAGUGAGGGAGAUGACAGAGGAAAGAUAGAGGUCCAGUGGUGUGCUCCAUCUUCUGUGGUGUCUGGGUACAGAGUGGUGAUAGAGGGAAGUGAAGCCCUGGAGUUUGGGGAAGUUUCACGACGAGGUUUGGUCGGAUCUUUGGAAGUUGGGACUAAGGUGUGUGUGGAGGCGGUGAACAGUGCAGGACACAGCCCCACCUCGGAGUUCUCCUGUAAGCGGUAUACUCCUCCUGAAUUUUCUGAACAUAAACUGUUUGCUGGGAUUAUAGGAGGAGGAGUGGCCCUCCUACUUCUCAUCAUAGCAGCUGUGAUCCUCUGGAACCAUCAAAUGCGUAAAAAGGCAAAGAGAGACUCCGCUGAUGGACUAGGGAACCCUUCUUACACAGUGGGGACUCUGUGAUCCAGAUUAGUUUAGCACUGACAAUCCAUUCCAGUCACACUGAACAGGCCCCUGGAGGCAGGGGCCACAGCAACGCUGUAAUCAAGAACAAAAGACAAAAAGUUCUGGUUCUCAUUAUGAUGAUUACAGAAUUAAGAAGUUGUUUACACUCCUGUUUCAAUGAAUGUGUAAACAUAUUGGGGUAAAGGGGAGUGGUGUUCAUGGAAUAACUAAUCAAUGGGUCAUUGUGUUACUUUGUGGUUAGAACUACAGGGUUAUUUGCUGGCAAGUUAACCUUUGUAGGUUUAUUGUAGUGUUAUUUUAUCUUAUCAUGGCUAAAUUUAAUUGUAAAUAUUUUUUUUAGGAUAUAGAUACUGACUUUUGUAAUAAACUAAAACUUAUUUCAUAAAAACUGU